AUGCUACGUCGGCUAUACUCCGAAUUCGGUAGACCUCGGCACAUUGCUGCAAGGUUGCUGACGCGCAGAUGCUGUGUACAACACCACGCGUUUUCGACCAGCAUUUUGCGGUUUGAAAAUCAGCUCGGUGGUCCUGCUUUCCCUUCAGCUGGAAAGAAGGAUAUUCAUAGCAAGGUCGUCCACCAUGUGAGCAGCAACGAGCUGCGGGAAGAAAUCGAGGCGGAUGCAAACAAGACUGCAACAGGUCAUGCACUUCCUUCUUUCUUGGAACGGGACAUUGACGCGUUACGGUCCGGCAAGCACGUGGUAGAAGAGGCCAUUAGACUUGGAAACCGCCAGAAGCUCCACCGCGUAGAGGCAUCCGAAACCGUCGAGUUCGGCGUGCCUGUAGGAAGCUCUGGGUUGACCUAUCCGGCCAAGAUGGACGCCGUGUUCGCGAGAGACAGCUGCACCUGCCCUAUGUGCGUUGAUCCAUCCAGCAAGCAAAAGCAGUUCCAGACGUCGGAUAUCCCGGCCAAUAUCAAAGCCACCUCAACCCUGGAUCCCGAGAAGCAGACACUCGAAGUCACCUGGACAAACGACAUCCCGGGUUUCCCCAAGGACCAUGUUACUCGCUUUGACUUGAAGCCUGCUUCUGUGUCAUGUAAAGAUUCCGUCUACCACCCCCUUGAGCCGAAGAACCGGCUCGUCUGGGACGGCAAGACCAUCGCUGAGAAGAACAAGUGGAUAUCGUACGACCGCUAUAUGAAAGACGAACUUGUGCUGCACGAGGCGCUUGAGCAGCUUGGCCGCUAUGGCCUCGUCUUCCUAACCGGUGUGCCGGACAGUGAGAAGUCCGUCGAGCACAUCGUCAGCCGGAUUGGCAUCCUCAAGGACACCUUCUACGGCCGCACCUGGGAUGUCAAGUCGAUCCCGAACGCCAAAAACAUCGCCUAUACGCAUCAGUAUCUCGGUCUGCACAUGGACCUGAUGUACGUGACGAACCCGCCGCACCUGCAGCUGCUGCACUCACUGCGUGCCCGCUCGCCCGGCGGCGAGUCCAUCUUCUCCGACUCGUUGCACGCAGCCUUCACGCUCGAGCGUACCGACCGUGCCGCUUUCGACGUGCUGACCAGCACCCCGGUGCCCUUCUACUACAAGAACGACAACCAGUCCUACGCCAAGUGGCGGCCCACCAUCGAGCUGGCCGAGCCGCUCGCCGGCCUCUCCCCCAACCCGACCAACACCGUCGUCAGCGCCUCGGCCGACGACCCGGUGCUCGGCACCUCGCUCGCCGGCCGCGAGAUCCUCGAGGGCGUGCAGCCGCCCCCGCGCAUCAAGUGCAUCAACUACUCGCCGCCCUUCCAGGCGCCCUUUGCCCCCACCGCGCUCGCUGACCUCGGCCUUUCCGGCCUCGUCCCCUUCGGCCCCUUGUCUGCCACACAGAAGUUUGCUCCGCUGCACGACGCUCUGCAGAAGUUCGCCAAGCUGGUCGAGAGCCCGGAGGCGCUGUUCGAGCACCGCCUUGAGGAGGGACAGUGCGUGAUUUUUGAUAACAGGCGCGUGCUUCACGCGCGCCGCGCCUUCGAUGCGAGCAAGGGCGAGAGGUGGCUCAAGGGUGCGUAUGUCGACGACGACGUGUUCUUCAGCCGGUGGAGAGUCUUGGCUGAGAAGGCGGCGGGGAGGGCGAGUGAGGGUGAGAAGGUUUGGGAGCGCUUGUAUGGAAAAGUGUAA